AUGGAAUCCCCAACGGCGUCUUUUUAUCGAAGCGUCCCUUCUUCCCCUCUCUCGACCAAGUUCCCCGCCGAAAAGGACCGAGGGAGACACGGAAGCAGUUGCAAUUGCAAGUUCUGCUUGUUGAAGAGGCUUGACUACAGAGGUCCCAGCGAGUGGUGGCGUCAGGAGCAAGACAAAUGGGGCCCUAAGAGACUUCCCGUCGAUUAUCGUAUUAUGAAUGCGAAACUCUCGAUGCUGAAAGACGACCUAUACAUCCCGAACGUCUUUCACCCCGAGCGCUACAGCGAAACCUGGUCGAAAUUCUGCGUGCCCCAGGACCUCUUCCACGAGUACAAGCUAUCGCGGACGACGUACGCGGGCGACGAGUCGCGGUACCGGUUCGCGCUGCAGCGGCACCGCUGCAUCGGCCCCAACUUCCAGAUCCUGCUGCAGCUCAUCUACGUCGACGGCGCGUGCGUGAACAACGGGCAGGCGGACGCGUACGCGGGGCUCGGGUUCGCGUACUCGAACUGCACGGACGACCGGGUGUCGCUGCCGCUGCCGCUGCCCGAGGAGGAGGAGAAGAAGACGGCGACGACGACGCCGCACACGAGCAACCGGGCGGAGCUGUGGGCCGUGUGCAAGGCGCUCGAGUGGAAGAACUGGCACGAGGAGGAGUGCGAGGCGAUCGUCAUCGCGACGGACUCGACCUACGUGGUCGACUGCGCCACCAUCUGGAUCUCCUCCUGGAUCGAGAACGGCUGGUGCACGAGCGGGGAGACCAAGGUCGCGAACCAGGACCUGUGGGAACGCAUCCUCAAGCGAGUCGGUGAGCUCGCCCUCAGCGGCUGCGAGACCAUGUUCUGGCAGAUCCCAAGGGAGGAGAACAUCGCGAAGGCGCUCGCGAGACAAGGGGCCACCAUGGCGUGGACGGGCGGAGGGUCCAGCUACACGUAUGGAAAAUCUGGGCAAAGCAUUUUAGGAUGGUAAAUCGGGGUAUUAUUAUCUGAAGGGUUCUUUUUUUUUGUUUUCUUUUUCUUUUGUUAUUGAAAGGCAUUGCGGAGUAAAUCGAUUCAUAAGGAGUUUUUGUGCGAGAUAUUGUACAUAUGCAUUUUCUGGGGUUCACAGGAGCUUCAUAUCUAGACUGAAUAUUAGGUCCUCUUGCUUGUUUUUGGAAAUUAUGCAAGAGAGAUAUAAUUGUAGCUCACGCCCAAUAAUAAAAGAAACUCUAGAAAAGAAUAUCUAUACAGUAAUUAUACGGUAAUUAGGCUUGAUGUUGUGAAAUGCAUUCGAGUGUGGUAAAUACCUAGUAUUGAUGUUGUCGUGGAUAAAAGGGGCGUCUAUUCAAGCUAAU